ACAAGGUCGUGCCAACAGAAUAGCAAGCAUGGAAUUACCACUCCUUAGAAAAUCAUUCGUCAUUUCUGAAUCGAACGAAUCGGAUGUUCAGAAGUCCCUCAAUGACCUGCUGGAAGUGCUCAAUCAGUUGGUUAACUGUGCUAAAAUGUGCUCGGAACCCGUGCUGGCCAGGAGGAAGGACUUCUUGGACUUCAAGAAAUACAACAAGUUUGGACUUCAUGAUCUUCUCAAACACCUUUGCAAUAUUCGAAGUGAGAGAAAUCGGCCUAUAAUUACUGUUGACAUAAGAGAAAAAAGCCUUCGGAUUCGACCUGACCUCCUGAACCACCUUACCCUCAGUUUGUAACUGGUCAUUUUCGAUGGAGGCCUUAAUCUACCCUGAACUACGUCCAACUUUUAUUGGAGACUACCCACAAUUACUGGAUUCGAAGUGCCCUUCAGCCUUUUUGCUGGCUUGCAACCCUUUUUGAACAAAGUCCAUCCAAAACUAUCUUAUCCUGCUCUACUAUAAGUGGAGAUACCUCUUCAACCUCUACACUGGUCAAAUCAAUUGACUUAUCAACUACUGGGUGAGCCUGUUCUUCAAGCAGAACCCUGGUUGCAUUGACCCAAGCAACUAUUGCCUCUAUAAUAAAGGACUCAUUGACUACGGAAGGAUCCUUCCCUGCUAAGACCAAGUCCACAAACAUUGUCUAGUCUCUUUGCUGACUUUUCCAAAAAUAGCUUCACAGUAAUACAAUCAAACUAAAGAACUAUGCACUCUACAUUAUAACGAUUGGGAACUAAAUAUACUAC